AUGGUAGCUCUCCAUCGCAAGCAAACGAAGCCGCCUGUUGUCGAACAGCUCACGAUCCUGCGAGCAGCUGGCGAGCCCGAUCACCUGGUUGAUGAUCUACUCAGCAGUGAUCACCCGUCAUCUGAUAGCUCAGACAGUGAUUCCGAAAGCUCUGACAGCGACGAUUUAGAAAGCGAUGACUCGGAUGAUAGCUCUUCAUCCAGCGAGGACGACUUUGCAUCGCUUCGUCAGACGCAUGGUAGAUGUCUCUGCGGUAUGCCGACCUGCUAUAUCAACAGAAGAAACCGCCGCUUAGGCGAUCUUGAUACCUCGGAAAGUGAUAGCGAAUCGUCCAGCGACGACGAGUCCAGCGAAGAUUCUGACGACGAGGGCAGCAAUGGGUUGAGUGACGAUGGUGAUCCGAGCAGCGAGACUGAUUCGAGCGAUGAUAGCGAUUCAAGUGACGCUUGA